UGAUUAUGAAGGCCGGAACUCUUAGGACCAGCUAUUGCUUCCCCGCCACUUAAAUGAAAAGUCCAAUUUCCCAUUCUCGUCGCCGGAGCUCCGGCUCCGGCUACCGCACGCCAGACCACCGCCACGGCUACUCCUCCAGCUAUGAUUCCUCCGGGGUUGGUACCACCAUCGUCAGGUCAAACGCCUCCCGGAACCCUGUCGCGGCUGCCGCCAGAUCAGUGGCUGCCGUUUUUGUUGCUUGCUUCACCCCGCCAGACGAGAGUAACUCCAAGAGCUUCGUCGAUGACCGGGAGUUCAAAGCUUCCUCCUCCUCCUCCUCCGUUGUAUCCAAUUAUUCGCACGGUUCAAAUGGACGAAUCAGUUCCAGUUCAUACAAGUCAACUCAGAGAAAAGAGCCUAGAUCUCUGAAUUUCACCAUGGAGGAUAUCUUGCAAGCCACAAGAAACUUCUCCGCUGCUUACAAGGUCGGCCAAGGUGGUUUUGGUACAGUGUACAUGGCAAAUCUCCGGGAUGGAAAUGUUGUUGCAGUAAAGCGUGCCAAGAAGAGUUUAUAUGAGAAACAUUUGGGUUUUGAGUUCCAAAGUGAGAUCCAAACAUUAUCACGGGUUGAACAUUUGAAUUUGGUGAAGUUCUAUGGAUAUUUGGAGCAAGGAGGUGAAAGAAUUAUCGUUGUGGAGUACGUCCCAAAUGGAACCCUUAGAGAACAUUUAGAUUGCAUUCGCGGGAGCAUUUUGGACCUUGCUUCUCGACUAGACAUUGCGAUUGAUGUGGCUCAUGCUAUCACCUAUCUUCAUAUGUAUAUAGAUCAUCCUAUUAUUCAUAGAGACAUCAAAUCUUCCAACAUCCUUCUUACUGAAAAUUUGCGAGCUAAGGUAGCUGAUUUUGGUUUUGCUAGACAGGCCCCUGACAGUGAUUCUGGUGUGACCCAUGUAUCCACCCAAGUUAGAGGAACUGCUGGCUACUUGGAUCCUGAAUACCUCAGAACCUAUCAACUAACUGAGAAGAGUGACGUUUAUUCAUUUGGCGUCUUACUUGUUGAACUUGUCUCAGGUAGACGUCCCAUUGAACCAAAAUUUGAACUGAAGGAGAGAAUCACGGCAAAAUGGGCUAUGAAGAAAUUUGUUGAGGGUGAUGCCAUAUCGGUCUUGGACCCAAAACUAGAUCACACUGCUGCAAAUAACCUGGCACUUGAGAAGAUACUUGAACUAGCCUUGCAGUGUUUGGCGCCUCGUAGACAAAGCAGACCUAGUAUGAAGAGAUGUGCCGAGAUCCUUUGGACCAUCCGCAAGGAUUACAGGGAGCUAUCAACUUCAGAUUUUUGUUCAUUUUCCUCUACUUCCCAGAGGAGCGCGUCAAUAAAAGAGUGAGAAACGCAAAAAGAUUUCUUUGAAGGAUAAAUAAUAUGCAUUCAUCAAAGAACCUGAGGUCUAUAUAUUGAUCUCUAUUCCUUGAAAUUAAUAUGCACAAAUUGUUCCUUACGAGUAACAAACUCAUCACUAGUUAGUUCUUUUGAUGUCACUGAAUCUCUUGGCGAAAGAUUCAUAUGCAGUUUGUUGUUUUACGAGGAUUAACGUGUGCUGUUACAGACCAGAGCUAGAUGGAUGUAAUAAUUCAGCGAUCGAAUAGUUGUUUUAGAAUUAAGGAUCAUCAAGAAAUUUGAGUGUGUGGAUGGGUGGAAGUUGAUGUGCUGGUAAUACAGUGGAACUUGUAGAUAGAAUUUUGGCUUGUGUAAAGGAACUUGGUAGCUUUUGCUCCAGAAAGACCAGUCCUGUGCAUUCUGUGAUUUUUUUUUUUUUUUUUUAGCAUGGAACUAAGAGAGCUUUGCGAGGAGGAAAACUCUGAUGUAACAGUUGGGCACCUAUCUCAUAGAUCUGCUAAUAUUGGAUGUAGUUAUCUAUAAAUUAGUUUGGGUUAAGGUGCAUUUUUUCCUCUGUAUUUUCCUUUGAACAGUGCUAGGUAUCCUGUAAUAAUAAGUGUGGUAUUUUUUCCUCUUAAACUAAACCGGGGAUUUUUGUUCCUCAAAAUGGUUUAAGGGGAACAAUUCCUCACUUAUUAGCAGAGUGUUUAGCGUUCUUCAAAGAAAAGUUCAGAGGAAAAAAAUAAAAGCAUUUUAACUUCAACUAAUUAGUUUUAUACAAUUUGAUUUCCAUUCUUGAGAA